GCUCCAGCCAUGGCGGCACCGGACGUAUGCAUGCUCCCUCUCCCCUGACCAAAUCCCCUCUCUCACGCCAUAAACGCCCGUUCCCUCCCCGGAAGCCCUCCAUAGACUGAGAACGCGAGAUCUCCGGCUUCGGGGUUUUGCCUCCUCAGUUCAGUCAAAACCCAUUCAGCUCAACUGCGUAGAGAAAUGUCUCUGUUGAUCGCCAACUCUGCCCCUGCCGCUGCCGGAUACUUCGCCGGGAAGCAGGUGGUCCCGAUCGACUACCAGGCGGAGGUGUCGCAGCGCCUCGUCGACGCGGCCCACGCCGGGGACCUGCCCGCCGCGCAGGACUGCAUGAGCGAUCCGUUCGUGGACGUGAACUUCGUCGGGACCGUGAGCCUGAGGUCGAAGAGGACGGAGAUUGUCCUGCGCGGCGAGUCCUCGCACGAGGUGAGGGCCGAGUACGAGGAGUUCAGGACAGAGGUGACGGCUCUGUUCCUCUCUGCUCACGCCGGCAAUCUGACGCUCGUGAGAAAGCUGCUGAGUGCAGGGGCCAGUGUGAAUCAGAAACUAUUUAGGGGCUAUGCCAUAACAGCGGCCGUGAGGGAGGGGCAUGUCGAGAUCGUGGAGGUUCUGAUCAACGCGGGCGCGUGCCAGAAGGCGUGCGAGGAAGCUCUGUUGGAGGCGAGCUAUGUAGGAAAGUCGAGGUGCUCGGAGUUGCUCGUGCAAUCCGAAAUGAUCCGUCCUCAAUUUGCCGUACGUGCCCUCAUCGUUGCAAGCUCCAGAGGUUUCCUGGAUGUGGUUCGGGGACUCGUUGCGUGUGGAGUUGAUGCUAAUGCAACUGACAGGGUUUUACUUCAAUCUUCCAAGCCUUCUCUGCACAUAAACAUGGACUGCAGUGCCCUUGUUGCUGCCGUCAUCGGCAGGCAGGUUGCCGUGGUUAGAUUGCUGUUACAGGCAGGUGUUAGAACAGACAUCAAGGUGAGACUAGGGGCCUGGUCUUGGGAUGUAAAUACAGGCGAAGAGUUCCGCGUGGGGGCUGGCCUCGCCGAACCUUACCCUGUUGCUUGGUGUGCUGUGGAGUACUUCGAAAGCAGUGGUGCAAUCUUGCAGAUGCUCCUUCGAAGCCUCUCCUCCGAGUCCCCUCACUAUGGGAGGUCCCUCGUUCACCAUGCAAUCUUAUGCCAAAAUGGACGUGCACUGAACAUCCUCCUAAAGUCCGGUGGUGACGUGGAAUGCCCAAUUAAAACUGCCUCAAGAACUGAACAUCCCAUACAUGUGGCCACUCGACUCGGAGUCCCUGAGGUGCUUCGGUGCUUGAUCUCUGCGGGCUGUGACGUGAAUUCCCGAUCAGACUCAGAUGAAACUGCAUUGAUGGUCUGUGCAAGGAGCAAGCAGGAGGAAUGCCUAAAAAUUCUGGCUUCAGCUGGGGCAGAUUUAAGUUUGGUCAAUUCCGCUGGGCAGUCGGCGAGCUCAAUAGCAGAGUCAGCUGAGUGGAGUCUUUAUUUCCACAAGGCAGUUUUAGUAGGUUUAGGGGCUCGAAAGGUUGGCCACUCGAGCAAUGCGCACCAGAAUUUCUCUACUUUGAUGCCUCUAAAUGAAGCGAAUGGUUCCAAGGCUAUCAAAGAAUCUGCCGCGAAGUGUGUCGAUAUUUAUGUCUGUUCGGAGUCUGAUGACAAGUCACACAGUGGACCUAGCUGCACAUCAAGCAGCUUACUAUCGGAGCCAGACCACAACAGUGAAGUGUUUAACAAGACUGUCCUAGAAGACAAGAUCGACGAUAAGGACAAUGAUUCUUUGGCUGUGAAGUCUCUUCAUCGUGCAGCCAGGGACGGUGACAUAGAUCUGCUUCGUGCUCUACUCACUGGGGGCUCUGAAGUGGAUACUCUCGAUCCUGAUGGAUACACACCGUUGAUGUUAGCUGCAAAGGGAGGCCACCGAAGCGUGUGCGAGCUCCUGAUCUCAUGCGGUGCGAACUGUGAGAUUGAGAAUGAUAGACAUGAGACAGCUCUUACGAUUGCAAGGAGAUCCGGAACAGUAAAAAAUGAGGUGGUGAGGGUCAUAUUCGAUCAGCUUGCCCGGAAACUCGUGCUUAGGGGGGGUCAGGUGAAGAAGCACACAAAAUGCGGGAAGGGAUCUCCUCACGUCAAAACACUACGGAUGGUGGGAGGAUCCGGUGUGUUGAGGUGGGGGAAGUCGAGCAAGAGGAAUGUGAUAUGCAAGCGGGCAGAAGUGGGGCCUAGCGCGGGUUUCAGAUGGAACCGGAGAAAGAAGCUCGACUUGGAUGAGCCUGGUUUGUUUCGGGUCGUGACCACGAGGAACAAGGAGGUGCAUUUUGUGUGUGAGGGGGGCGACGAGAUGGCCCAGUUGUGGGUGAGAGGGAUCGAGAUCAUGACUCGGGAGGCUAUCUUCGGGAACAAGUAAGACGGAGGCUGCUUUGUUUUUGCCAUUCCUAGGGAUUCUUUCAAGCACUGUAGCUUCAUGAGCAGCACUAGGUGGUCUGCGGAUGAGCACUGAGGAGGGGAAAGACUGCUCAGUGUUGAUCUUACCAACUAUUCUUUGUAGCUCUGUUCUUCAUGUAUAAGAUACGAAAAUAGUGAUUAGAAUCGGAGUUAAACUUAAUUUAAUUUAA